AUGGUUUACGAUCCGGUCAGAGACUGCGACAUCCCCUCCCCGGCCAUUCAGAGGCGGCCCUCGUUGUGGGAGUCGCCACAGGCGUCGACCCAACAACCCUCUUAUUCACCAGAGCCAUCCCCGGGAGUUCGUCCGUUGAGUGGACCUGGGAUGCGCUCAUUACUUAAUGACGAUGCUCCCGGACCAUCAAGACGCGGUAGUGACCUGACAGCGGCUUCGUCAGACUACGAAGAGCACGGGCAGGCGGCACGCCCACACUUGUCAAAGCUCCUCAACGACACUCCCACGAUCAACCGACGAACAUCCUCCUCGUCUUCUGUUCAUCACCACGAACCUACCGCUUCCAGUCCUCGCCUUUCCUCCCCCACCGUCGGCCUGCAUCCAGGUUCUCUGUCGCGCGUUAGCACGCAGCGGUCGCCCUUGAUGCCUGAAGCCCGGCUGAGUUCGCCAUCGUCCGCCGUGUCCACGGGCCACUACGACCUCCCACCCGCCUUUGGAGAUCGCCCUUCGUCGCGACGAUCUUCCUUUGACGUUUCCUCGCGUUCCAUGCCGCCUCCGUCUGAGCCGAUCCGACACGAACUUACCACACCUACCAGUCACAGUGCGCCCCUUCGCUCUCCUAGCAUGUCUGCGUCGCCUGGAUCGCACCACAUUGGGCUUCCCAGCGAGCGCCCACAACCGCGCGGUAGCAGGAGUAACUCCGGAACAUCGACAUCGCGUCCGCCACCGCCCACAACCUGGUCACCGGAACCGAAUCAUUCCCGCCGCGCGAGCGAAGAGGUGCCCCCGUCGCCUUCCAACGCAUCGAACGGCCGGAGGUCACCGCCGCCGCCGCCCGCCCGCACGCCAUACGAGCCAAGGCACCCCUCGAGUUCCAGGACGAUUCGACAACCGAUCACGCAAGACGAGCUCCAACGACUGCGGACAGAGGCUGCGGGCAACAACCCCUUACGUCGCAAGCGCCGAUCAGCACCGUCCUGGUCAGCGCCCAGCCCGCAACGGGGCAGCUCCAUCGACGCCUCGGCAGAGGCGGGGCCCUCGCACCCUAUCGCGCCGUGGGUCGACGGCCAGCGCCACGAGCCGACCAGAGACAGUACCGCAGAAGCGGUCGUCAAAGGAUAUGGAGCCCCCGAGGUUGCUUCGCACUACAAUGCGCGGCCAGAAGUCGGAGUGGAGCACCGUGAAUUUUCUCCGAUCAUUGGCUUGAAGAAGUUCAACAACUGGAUCAAGUCUGUGCUCAUUGGCAAGUUUGCGUAUCGCGAGCGCGGCCGACCCGGCGCCAAGGUCUUAGAUCUGGGCGCCGGCAAGGGUGGCGACCUGAACAAGUGGAAGCAGGCGCGCAUCGACUUGUAUGUCGCCAUGGAUAUCGCCGAGACGUCCAUGGACCAGGCUCGGGAUCGCUACAAUACGAUGCGAGGUAACAAGUUCGAGGCGCACUUCUACCCCUUCGAUUGUUUCUCCAACCCGAUUUCCGAGAUUCUCCCCAGCGGCCUCAAGCGCGCGAACCUGUACGACAACGUGUCGAUGCAGUUCUGCAUGCACUAUGCGUUCGAAACGGCGUCCAAGGCGCGGAUGAUGAUCGAGAACGUAUCGCGGUAUCUGAGACCUGGCGGUGUCUUCAUCGGUACUAUCCCUAACGCGGAGCAGCUGCUGAGCCGCCUCGAAGAGAUCCCUGACGGCGACGAGUUGCGCUUCGGCAACAAGUGCUAUGAGAUCGCCUUCGACGAGAAGCAGCACAAGGGCGUGUACGGCCACCGGUACCGCUUCUACUUGCAGGAUGCUGUCGAGGACGUGCCCGAGUACGUUGUCGACUGGGACAAUUUCGUCAACCUCGCGCGCGAGUACGGUCUCGAGCUCAUCUACUGUAAGACGUUCAACGACGUACUCCAGGAGGAGCAGAAUGAUAGGGAGUUUUCUCAGCUCCUCACCCGCAUGGGAGUCGUGAACCAGGAUGGCGAGAGUGCCAUGGACGACGACCAGUGGGAGGCUGCGAACAUCUACAUGGCCUUUGCCUUCGAGAAGGUGCGAUGA